UAUUAUUAUUUUUUUUUAAUGUUACUACCAAAUUUUGGAAUUGAUUUGGACAAAGAUUUAUUAAGAGUGGCUGCACAAAAAUGGUUGAGGUAAGUGACUAAAACCUGUGUAAAAUUCACAAAGUCCCCUCACUUUCAAGCUAACAACACACAGCACACUCACUCUCACUUACAACACCAAAACAAUCACACAGCUCGUUUUCCUCAGCAGGUGAUGAAAUCUUAGAAUCAGAACUGAUUUUUUUCAUAGUGUGGAACCUUGGAAACUUGGAAGAUUACAGAGUAGAACAGGGAUAUGUCAUUUAGCCAGAAAAUUCUUUACUUGAAGGCUUCGCGAAGAUGCUUGCGGUCUCCAUGGCUAAUCCAAACCUAUUCUUUCUCAGACAUUGUCUACAAGAAAACGAAGCUUGCUCCUCUACAGGAACGAAGAAUGAUUGACCGCUUUCGCAUAUGGGCCAAAGGAGGUGAUGGUGGCAAUGGUUGUACCAGUAUUCGUCGUAGUCGACAUGAUCGCCGUGGCAGACCUGAUGGUGGGAAUGGUGGACGAGGUGGUGACGUGAUAUUAGAAUGUUCCCCUACAAUGUGGGAUUUGAGUGCUCUGCAGCAACCCAGCAAUGCAAAGAGAGGGGGAAAUGGGUCUUCCAAAAAUAUGAUAGGAAGCAGAGGAGCCGACAAGGUGAUCCAAGUUCCAAUCGGUACCGUAAUUCAUCUAGUAGAGGGUGAACUUCCAUCUGCAGUAGAGAAGAGUUCAAGUUCUAAGUUGGACCCUUGGGAGAUUCCAGGUACAGUUGAUAUUGAUUCGUCAGAGUUUUCUACACAAUCAAUUACGGCCGACCAAACCGGGUCAAAAGUUGAGAAGAAAGUCAAAUCAAGUGGACGUCGAGCUUCUGAUGGUGAAGAAUCAACUACAGCUAGGAAAAGAACUUUUCAUUUGCCGACCAAUUCCCGCACUCCGUGCUCAAUUUCUAGAGGCAAAAUCGAAAGUGAUGAUGAUGAUUUGAGCGAUUGGGAGGAAGAAAGCUGUGGAGAAAUGGAAGAUGAAGAUGGUGAUGAUGUUAUGGGAACAGAAUGUGAAGAUGAGUUGGAAGAAACUGAACUUAUAGAAUACAAUGUGGCAGAGUUAACAGAACAAGGCCAACAAAUAGUUGUUGCUCGUGGAGGGGAGGGUGGCUUAGGCAAUCUGUCCAUGAGGAAAGCGUCAAAGAUGAUGCAAAAGGGAGCCGAUUGUGAUGAUGAAGUAUCUGAUGAUGAUCAUCAUCAUGCAUCACCAAGUGCUGGCUUGCCUGGCUCAGAGGUGGUACUUGUGCUAGAACUAAAGAGCAUUGCUGAUGUAGGUCUUAUUGGGAUGCCAAAUGCAGGCAAAAGUACCCUUCUUGGGGCGUUAUCAAAGGCUAAACCUGUUGUAGGCGAUUAUGCAUUCACAACAUUGAGGCCUAACUUAGGUAACGUAAAUUAUUACGAUUUUUCUUUAACUGUAGCUGACAUCCCAGGACUCAUAAGAGGAGCCCAUGAAAAUCGUGGGCUUGGGCAUGCUUUCCUUCGGCACAUAGAACGUACAAAAGUUCUAGCAUAUGUGGUAGACUUGGCUGCAGCACUGGGUGAUAACAAGGGAAUACCACCAUGGGAGCAGUUAAAUGACUUGAUUUUGGAACUCGAGUACUAUAGUGAGGGUUUAUCUGAUCGGCCAUCCUUAGUGGUGGCUAACAAAGUCGAUGAAGAUGGGGCUGAAGAGGUAUAUAAAGAACUAAAACGCCGUGUAUCUGGUGUACCUGUUUUCCCCGUGAGUGCAAUCCUAGAGGAAGGAGUACCAGAACUGAAAGAUGGUUUAAGGAUGCUUAUCAGUGGUGAACAAACACACGGGCUAAAAUUAGAUGGAAUAGUUCUUCACCAGGAUGAUGCUUUUGUGAGCAUCUAGUCUUGUAUACUUUCGCUUGAAAAUGUAACACAUUUUGACCACAUUCCAUGGCAAAUAUUUUUGACUUAGGAAUAAGGUUGCGUACUUUUUGUUUAGCACUUUAUGAAUAACCAAUUGUUAGUUUCACUUUCAGA